AUUCAUCACUCUCUUUAUUCCCCUCCCAAGCCGCCACCACAUUCUAACUAGCGAACCCGCCGUGUUCGCUCUCAGCCACCGAGCCGCCGCCACCACGAACCACCGCGAUUGCCACCAUCUUCCGCCACUUCGGUCCACAGACCACGGCACAGGCUCCACCGCAUUCCGAGUAGCUUGUAGUAGAUUGGAUCCGACAACUCAAACCUGCACAAACCCGUUUCAUUUCGUGUGAUCAAGCAACUGAACAUGGCCGUCCGUCUUCAAUUCGAGAACUCGUGCGAAAUUGGGGUAUUUUCCAAGCUCACGAAUGCCUACUGUUUGGUUGCCAUAGGAGGUUCUGAGAAUUUCUAUAGCACUUUCGAGUCGGAGCUGGCUGAUGUGAUUCCUGUGGUGAAGACCUCCAUCUCCGGCACUCGCAUCAUUGGUCGCCUUUGCGCUGGUAACAAAAAUGGGCUUCUCGUGCCUCAUAAUACCACCGACCAAGAGCUCCAGCACCUGAGAAAUAGUCUACCUGAUCAAGUUGUUGUUCAGCGCAUAGAAGAGAAACUAUCUGCUCUUGGGAAUUGUAUAGCAUGCAAUGACCAUGUGGCUCUCACACACACCGAUCUUGACAAGGAAACUGAAGAAAUGAUAGCAGAUGUUCUUGGAGUAGAAGUUUUUAGGCAGACGAUUGCCGGGAAUAUUCUUGUUGGCAGCUACUGUACCUUCUCCAAUAGAGGUGGCUUGGUUCACCCCCAUACAUCUGUUGAAGACUUGGACGAACUUUCAACACUUCUUCAAGUUCCUUUGGUUGCUGGGACGGUCAACCGGGGGAGUGAAGUGAUUGCGGCUGGCAUGACGGUGAACGACUGGACGGCCUUCUGUGGCUCAGACACCACUGCAACCGAACUCUCUGUAAUAGAGAGUGUCUUCAAGUUGAGGGAGGCACAACCUAGCGCUAUUGUGGAUGAAAUGAGAAAAUCUUUGAUCGAUACCUAUGUCUGAUUUUUUUUUUUAAUUCGCGUUUGAUCGCUAGCAAUGUUUGAAAUAUCGACACUUAAUUUAUGACAAUGGUUGUUACUUUUUGAAUUAUGUUUUGAAGCUCUUCUGGUUGCUCUGUUAACUUGUUAUAAAAGAAAUUUUUAGGUGGAAAA